UAUAAGUCUUGAUGAUAGUCUACUGCUCUGGCGCACGAGCCAAGACGUAUAGUAUGGAAAGAUAAAGUUUGGAGCAAGGAAAGAAAAUUAAAUGGAUUCUCAAGAUGUAAAAAUUCAAUUUUUUAAAAGUUAUGAGGUUUUAGUGAAAUGAAAUUUACCUGUCUACUGCCCUCAAGUAUGACCAAGUGUUGUCAGAGUCGUACAAGUUUUAUACACCAUAUAAAUAAAGUGACAAACGGUUGAUUUAUUUGAUGUCAAAAUAGUGUGUGUUCAAUGCAUGGUAAGAAGAAAGAGACAAGUAGUACUACACCUAUAUAGCAGAUGAAUGUAUGUGAUCGUUGUCACUGGGUCACUGGGUAAUAUUUUGUGAAUUAUUAUUUAUAAUAUAAAUAAAAGAAGAACAAUGUUUGAGGGGGCAGUGGCAGCAUUUUUAAAUCGUCUCCUAGGCAGAUAUGUUGAGGAUCUCGAUACUGAACAAUUUAAUGUGGGAAUAUUCUCAGGUGAAACGUACCUGACGGAUCUCAAGCUGAAACCAGAGGCCUUGUAUCAGCUUGGAUUGCCGAUUAGAAUAGAGAUUGGUAUAAUUGGAAAAGUAUCUUUAAAAAUACCAUGGGCAGGUCUUUUUUCCCAGCCAAUUAUUUUAUGUAUAGAGGAUAUUUAUAUUGUUACUGUACCGUCAAUGUCUGGAACUUAUGACCCAGAAAUACAAAAGAAAUUGAUGAGAGCCUCGAAAAGAAAAGUUUUAGAAGAUUUGGAAGGUGAUGGAUUACUUCGUUCAGGAUUACCCUCGGGUCUUUUUGACAAUCUGAUGGCAUCAGUUGUCAAAAAUUUUCAAAUUACAGUGAACAACGUUCAUGUAAGAUACGAAGAAAAAUUUUCAAAUGGCUUUAGAAUUGCCUGUGGAUUAUGCGUCCAAAGUUUUUCUAUGGCAACAACUAACAACAAAUGGAAACCUGGCGUUACUCCAGUUACAUCUACAUCAGUAUACCAAUUAAUUCGUGUUGAAUCUCUAAGUAUAUAUUUAAAUCCUAAUGGAAAUCCUUCAUUGCCAUCUUAUCCAAAAAUCUGGGAUUUUACAAAUCUUUUGGCAUGGAAAGCAGUCAUGCAUCGUUCCCUAAGAACUUUUGCAAUAAAUAGUGAAGAGUUUCAGUUUCUUAUUAAACCUUUUACAACUAAAAUCAAAGUAAUCAUGAAUCAAAGUAACGCAGGACAAGCUGCUAGAAUGUUAGUUGAUAUUGUCCUCCAAGAUAUUGCUAUGCAAAUAUAUGACAAGCAAUUUGCUGCAUUUUGUUUACUGUGGGAAUCACUUCAGCAAGGAUCUGUAGAAAGAACAAAAUUAAUUCAAAAAUAUCAUCCAGUAUCUAAAAUAUCCGAAGACUCAAAAGCUUGGUGGAAAUAUGCGUGCACAGCAAUUCUUGAACAAAAUAUUAGGCCUUAUACUUGGAAAUAUAUAAAAACACAUCGUAAGAAUUAUAAAAUAUAUAAGGAAACAUUUAUACAGAGUCUAUUGAAACCAAAUGAUACUGAAUUAAAAUUAGAUCUACAAAAAUAUGAAGAUUGUUUAACUAUUUUAAAUAUUAUUAUUGCUAGAGAACACGCUAAAAUAGAAUUGAAAGAAAAGUAUCCAGAUUGUGUAAUCGUUGAGUCGGGAUCUAGUAUAAAACUUGCUGUUAAUUGUGAAAAAAUUCAAGAAAUUUGUGGAAUACCAACUAGUCCAAAGCCAAAUAAUACAAAUAAUCAUGAUAAUGAAACUAAAUUUAAAUUAGAACCAUUGCCUAAGUACAUAGAAAAAAAAUAUAAUUUAUCAUUAAAUAAUUGGUCAUUAAGUUUAUUUAGUGAUAAUCGUGAAAUUCUUGUAGCGACAAUAACACAAUUUUUAACAAGCAUUGAAACACGACCUGAACGUUCAGCUUAUAAAAUAUCUGCUCGCGCAGAAAGUUUUGUAAUUGAAGGAGCGUCAUCAGAAAAUGAUUUAAUUCCUCUUGUUACAGCAGACAAUAUUUUAACAGGAAAUGCAGCUGUUAAUUUUUUGGCAAUUGAUUUUGAAAAAAAUCCACCAAAUUCUGAUUUUAAUUAUGAUAUAAAUGUUAGAUUAGAACCAUUUGAAGUAACUUAUCAUAAGUACGCAAUUUUGGAAAUAUUUUAUUUCUUUAAACGUAAUAAAUCUCAUGUGCAGCAUUUGGCAUGUAGUUUACAAUGUGGAUACAAGAGAAGCAAAAAUAAAUUUAUUACGCUUAUUAAUUCAAUAAUUAAUCGAAGAUCAAGAAUAAAUUUAAAAUUAGAUAUUAAAGGUCCGUAUUUUGUUUUUCCGGAUAAUGGAUCAAUACAAGAAGGAGAACAUAUUCUCAUAAUUGACUUAGGUAGAAUGACACUUAAAACAGAAUUACAAGCUGUUGAAGUACAAUUAGAAGAUGCAACGCUAAUGGAAUUAGAAGAAUUACUGUACGAUCGUAUUCAUAUAGUUUUAACAGAUAGCCAAAUGUUGAUAUGUCAUACAGGUGAUGAUUGGCGCGAAUCACGUAGUUGGAAAGACUCUGAAAAUCACGUGAUUCCUAAAAUACAAUCAAAUGUUACCGUGUCUUUUAGUAUUAAACCUGAUUAUCGUUUAUUACCAAAACUAAAGCUCAACGUAUCAAUUUCUACAUUAAAAAUAAAUUUAUCAAAGCACAAAUUACUUUGUUUUAAUGAGUUUUUAAAUCAACUAUCAAUACCAAAUCUUAAUGAUAUUGAAGAAUUUCGUAAAAGUUUAUUAAAAAUUCAAGAAGAAACAAGUGAAUUUAUAUCACUAUCUUCUGAACAAUUAAUACGUGUAAGAACAAUUGUGGCUCUUUCAUCUUUUAUUUUAGGUCGCGAUAUUUCAAAUUAUCCUGGUAAUAAUGUACCACCGACAAUAAUGACCGAAUCUGAACGAAGUAUUGUAUCUUCUUCAGAGUUUAGUGAAGAAGAUCUCGAACAAUGGAUUAAAUCAGUUAAUUAUUCCGGAUUUGAUGACAAUACUUCACCACACAAUCACGUUAAUUUAUUACUAAGAAUAGUCAUCGGUGAAUUAUGUAUUCAUGCUUGUUGUACAAGCAAUGGUAGAGAAAAAGCUUAUUUAAUUUUACGUCUCUGUACACUUUAUUUGGAAUCGGCUAUUAUGGAAUACGGACCAGCAUUUCAAUUGGGAGUCGGUACGAUUGUUCUUGCUGACAAAACAAAUGCCGGAAUUACAGGGUCUUAUCUCGAGCUUAUAUCAACUGACGGGUCUUAUGAUAUUAUCGGUGUGUCUUAUCGUAAAGUUCGUGCAAAUUGUCCGGAUUUUAAAUCACAUUUUAAGAGCAUUGAACAAUCGUUAGUCUUCAAUAUACGUAAUCUUAAUGUUGUUUUCCAUCGACAAGCUUUUAUUAAAAUAAAAGAUUACUGUAAAGAUUUAAAGACAAUUCCGUAUCCUGGUCAAAUACCAAAUAUUAUUGAAAUAAUAAAAUAUAUAUUUAAUUUUUUAAAGAAAAAUGAGGAUGAUCCACCGGUACCACCUGGUGCUAUUAAGUUAAGUUAUUCAGCAAGACUUCAAACAUUUGUACUUCGACUUUGUACUAAAGAUAUGGAUCUUAUGGAAAUACGAGUAUUGGGAUUAGAAAGUGAUUGUAUUUAUAAUGCUAAUGAAAGAAUGAUAUUGACUGCAUAUCUUCGUGGUCUUGCUAUUGAAGAUCUCAGUGAAAUUACUCUUUAUCCUAAAAUUCUUACGACUGAAGAUGAUAAAGUUUUAGACCUUAAAUACGUAAGACAUGCACCAAAACUUUAUUCAGCAUCUGAAAUAAGCACAAGCGCCGAUGAUGUUAAAGCUGAUGGAAGUUUUAAACUUUCAUUUGGUAAAAUAAAUUGUAUAUUAGUGUCUGAAAUAUUUCGAGAUUGUCGACAUUUUAUAGAACCUUUUAUACAUCUUAUCAAACUAAUUAUGCCAGCUCAGGCAUCGAAACUUUUUGUUUACUGGAGUGUAGAAGAGUUGAGAAAAAGUGCUACCAAGCUACGGAUUUUUAUUGAUUUUCAAGCUCCAACAUUUUUAUUUCCUCAAACCAGAGACAUACCAAAUCUCAUGGUCUUGGAUCUGGGUGUUUUGAGUAUUGAAAAUUUUUUUAAAAAAAAUGAAAAAAUCCGAGUCACUGAUGAAAGCUCUCGUGAUAAUCAUUCGUCUAUUCUUGACAAUAUUUUAAUUAAAUUUUCAUCUAUGACUUUGUCGCGGGCUAUUAUGACACUUGCGGGUGUUUUAAAAAUUCAAGAACCAAUUGUUGAGCCCGUUCAAAUUCGUUUAGAUGUAAAAAGAAAUAUUGAGUGUCGUAAUAAAAAUGGACUUCAAGUAUACGGUCUUUGUGAGAUAAUUGGAUCAGUUGAUAUAUUGAUGAUUAAUUUAAGUCAAAAAGAUCUUGCGUCAAUUUUAAAUAUUUGGGAAGACAAUGUAUCAAAAAUAAUAGCAAUUCAUCGAAAUGAUUUAAUAAAUAAUGAGUCAUUUAAUGAAAAAGUUAAAAAUAAAGUUCAUUUCGAAAAUGAAGCGACAGUAAAAAAACUCGAGGUCUUUUUCGUACAAGAUGAACAUCCAAUUUGUGAAGUUAACAUGAAAAUAACAUUUGAUGGAUUACAAUUUAAUUUAUUUACCGACUCAGACGAGGUAUUGAGUUCACCAGUUCAUGAUCUUAAUGAUGGUUUAGGAAAACUUAAUCUCGGUGAAAUAAUUAUGACUUUUGAAUUAUACAGUAACAAAAGUAUUAGUAUGAAAGUUUCUUUGAGAACUUGUAUUUUAGAAGACACAAGAAAAGAAGAUGCUGUAAUUCGCAAAAUAAUUCAGUCACCAGCAAAAUCAGCAGGAUUAAAUUUUGAAUCUUGUAUAUCGGUAUCUGAACCACCAGUAUUUGAUUUCACAUUCAUUCAGGCUCCAGCAGGAGAUCAAUGUAUCGAUAUGCUUAUUGAAGAAACUCGAUUUAAUUUAUCAAUUCCAUUUUUACUACAACUGACUCGUUAUUUUGUUGAUUCUCUGCCUACUGAACCAAUUGAUACAGGUGUUGUGAAUGAAGCUUAUGAAGGACACGCUGAAAGUUCUGGUGAUAAGAAAAAAGUAUUACGUCGAUUAUCAACUCAAAACAUUGCAGAUUUAUCUGAACAACCAGGUACAUCGGUGUCAAUACGAGUACGUAAACCGGAAAUCUUGUUGUUUGGAGAUUUAAAAGCAAGUAAUGCUCAUGCGAUCCUGGUCCAAGCGGAAUUAAUAAUCGAGUGUAGUCGUCACGCAGGAAUAUCUUCAAUUGUCUGUACAUUAUCGAAUGUCUGUGCCAAAAGUAAAAGCCAGGAACGAUACCGUCGUCAAGCGCCUCAGUGGGUUUUGCAUCCCUGUGACAUUGAAAUCAGCGCCAAAGAGAAGUCACCAGAUGAUCGGGCACAAAUAAGUCUUGAUGCGAGCCCCGUCAAUGUUCAUCUGUCUGCUGGAGUUAUCUGCACAUUCAGCCAAAUAUUGAAUGAUGCCGUUGGGAUUUUUAAAAUCCUCGAUGCCAAAUUUGAUAACAGAAGUGGAAGCUUGGAAUCCAAUUCACACAUCGAUCUUUGGUCACCGAAGAAAAUUUUUUCGGUACCUUGUAAACGUAGUCGUGAACAUUCGCUGGUAAAUUCAACAGCUUUUAUUAAUGAACACUCAACACAAGUGAGAAUUUUUAAUUUAAAACCUGUAGCUAUUCAUUUUGUAUUUGAAAUGGAAGAAACUAUUGAACGUAUUCCGAUGAUAAAAGCUGAAGUUGAAAUUGGUGUUACUAUUAAUUCAAUUGAUGAUAGAUUUCAACUUGAAUCUAAUUUUAAAAUUCAUGCAUUUUGUUACAAUCAUAAUCGAGGUAAUUGGGAACCUUUUAUUGAACUAUGUACACAAGAUGACGUUGCUUAUGAUCCAUGGGAAUUGACAAUACGAGCUUAUCAAGCAGAAGCACACGAGCUCAGUUCUUGUUGCCGUCACUCUUGGAAUCAAAUUAAAAAAUCUACUCCAAAAAGACGAAGAACUGAAAAUUAUAAUAGUGAUGAUGAUCAAAGUAAUGAAGAUAUGAUUUUUAUACGACCGAAUUCUAAUCUCACAUCAAAAAUAAGCUUGCCAGAAUAUACAUUUGAACAUGACGAAGAUUCAGAUUCAAAUGAAGAAGAAGGUUCGGAAAAAUUAGCAAGAAGUUUUAGUCACUUAUUUACAAAAGAUCAAAGUGACGAAGAUGAUGACAGUGAUUCUGAUCAUUCAAGUAAAUGUGAAGAUGAAGGUCUUGAAUUAACGCCUGAACAUGUGGCUGAAAUAAAUGAUUGUCCGCAUGACCAUACGUCAAUCGAGAGCGACUAUUUGGCAAAUUAUAUUAUUAUCAAUGCAGAAGAACGACUUAAUUUUACAAUAACUAAAAAUACCAUAGAUAUUUUUGAUAUUAUUCUGGAAACAUUUUCAAAAACCUGCACGGAAAUUCCAAUUGUUCCUACUAAUGCUGGAAAAUUAAAUUUACUUAAUAAAAUUGGGCAUACAAGUAGAGUAGAGUUACGCGCUGAAGAAAAAGGAAAUACAAAUAAUAUAAGUCGAUUGAUAGCAUUUAGAGAAUAUAAAACUAAAGAUGAUUCCCCUGUUAGUGCUCCUAGUAGUCCUGAGAGUGAUAAUAAUAUUUUUGGUGAACAUUAUAUGGAAUACGGGUUUAUGGACCAAGAAGAUAAAAUUUAUGAUAAUUCUCUUAAUAAUUUAGUUAUUUUUCCCGAUCAAUCUCCAGUUAAUAUUUAUAAUAGUAUGACUGAAGAAAGUUUAGGAAUUUAUAUUGACGAUUUUGAGGAUUCAAUAAUAUACUGUCCUAAAUGGCAAGGAUAUAAAUUAAUACCAUUACGACCUGUUAAACAUGACGUUCGAUAUCAUUUAGUCGUUGAAGUAAUGACAAAUCAUCAUUUGCAUCGAACAAUAACCGUCCGAUCACCACUUCAAAUUCGUAAUGAAACAUCCUAUGCAAUGGGACUUUAUUAUAAAAAACAAUUGGCCGAACAAUUACAACUUGAACACAUUGGCGAGACUUUAAAUCCAUUUGAUGACAGUAUGAGAAUAGCUGUCAUUGAGCCUCAUGAUAUUUAUAAUGUUCCAAUGUAUAUUACUUAUCAUUUUCCUAUUCAUAUUAUGCCAGUACAUUUUGAAAAAUAUCAAGUAAGUGAACGUGGAAUAUGUUGGAAAGAUUUGUGUGAACAUUUGAAUAUUCCACGUGAUAUUUAUUGUCUAUCAAAAGACGGAAAUUCAAAUUUAAUAUUUGGAGUUAAGGUAAUUUGUAUCGAGCAUCCUAAAUUCGAGAGAAUAAACUGUCAAGUGCCGCAGUAUCUCAUUAGCAUUAUUCCACCGCUUCUAUUUGACAAUAAACUACCAUUUGUAAUUGAUAUUGAUGUUCCGUCAAUAAAUUAUCAAGUUAGAAUUGAACCUGGAGAACGGAUAAAUGUCUAUUCAAUAAAAUGUGAUAAUGAUACUACAGUUAAUUUUAAAAUUAAAAAUUAUCUUGGCGCUCAAUGGGCUGGAACUUUUAAAUUAAAUUCUGAAUUAGAAAGAAAAUUAGUAAAAAUGUUUGCCGAUGGUGAUACAGAUGCUGUUUGGAGACCAUUUAUGCUGUGUGUUGAACUAAAUAAAGUAAGCAGUUGGACAGUCGUUAUUUAUGCAGAGUAUUGGAUUAUUAAUAAAACAGGAUUGCCUUUAAAAAUUCAGGAAACUUUAUCAAAUACAGUAGAAAUUCCUGGUGAAGAUUUAAUAGUUUUUUCACAGAAAAAAAAUCGGCGUAAACUUGUAAUGUUGAAAGUCCAUCAGUCAGAUUGGUCGAUGUCAUUUGGCCUUGAUGCAAUAAGUUCAAUGUCCCUGAUAGUAUGCAAAGAUGUAGAACGUAAACGAAAAUAUAGAAUACUAGCAGAGAUUGCUGAUUCAACUUUAUCACCGAGUUUCACUAAAAUAGUUACUUUUCUUCCUUAUUUUUUUGUGAAAAAUAAUACUAAACGAGCUCUAAGAUUUAUGGAAGAAAAUGAAGAUGCUGAUUUAUGGAAUGAUUUACCAGCAGGGCAGGGUAUUGCUUUUUGGCCUUACACUGAAUCCAUGAGGAUGAGAGUUAAGUGGAAGAAUAGCCAACUGGUCUCUCAACAUUUUGAUUUUACAAAUAUUGGAAAAAUUGUUUUGAGAAUGGAAAAUGGAUCAGCGUUAUGCGUUCAAGUUAAAGGAGGAAAUAAUUCACCAUUUCGUAUAACGUUUGAAAAAUAUGAAUGUGGAGACGCACCAGUACGAGUUGAUAAUCUUUGCGAUGAUUUGUUCCUUAAAUUAAAUCAAGUUAAUUUAGGUCAAGUAGCUUUACUCAGUCCCUUUCAAAGUGUUCUUUAUACUUGGGAUGAUCCUACAGAAAUAAGAGAACUCGUAUGGAAUGUUUAUAAUAGUAAAACUAAAAGUUAUACGGCACAAUUUUAUACUGAUGGUUAUGGACAAGAAACAGUAACAUUCAGAACAUUAAAACGAUCACCAGUUAUUCCUCACUCAAAUUCUGUAACUAAAAAAUAUCCACAUGACCCUAAAUUUGCUCAUUCUGUUAAUUCAACAUCUAUUUGUAGUAGCAGUGAUGAUGAUUCUGAUAGUGAAGCUGAGGCAAAUGCACCAACGGUUGAAAAAGUUCAAAAAAAUAAAGCGAUUGUUUAUUGGAUAAGUUACGCUGAAAAAAAACAACGAGUUUUGAUGUUUACACAGGACGAAAAUACAUUUAUCAAAGCUAAAACUCUUGUAGAUCCUGAGUGUAGUAAAAAUGAAGUAUUUUUAGCUUUUGCAGGAAUUGGCUUAAGUAUUAUCUCAGAUUCCCAAAUACCUAAUAUAAAUGGACGUGAAUUAGCUUACAUUAGUAUAACUGAUUCAGCUGCUCACUGGGAACUAGACAUUGGAAAACGUUGGAAAGCAUUGACACUAGAGCUUAACGCUUGGAUGGAAGAUAAAUAUAAAAAUACAUCAAAUAACAUACAAUUUGAUAAUUACAUUAAUGUAAAUUUUUCUAAAAUGCACAUGACUAAACCGUUCUUUGGUAAACUCCGUCGUACAUAUUCACCUGGUAUUUGGAUUCAUAUCAGAAAAUCAAAUACAUUAACUUACGUGCAGGGAAAUAUUCAUAGAAUUCAAAUUGAUAAUCAACUACAUGAUGCAAUUUUUCCAAUUAUUUUACGAUCUGGAUCUAAAAAAUGUUUCAGUAAUAAUUCAGGAGUACCGAGAUUGAAACACUGCAUUGAAUUUUUCUUUUUGAAACAAACCAAAACCACUCACGAUGUAUACAAGAAAAUAAAUAUUAUUUUACGUGAAUUUCAUAUUAAUUUACAGGAAGAAUUUUUUAUUCGUUUGAUAAAAGAUUUGUUUAUUAAAAAAAAAGAUGAUACGAAACACUCACUCGCAUCGAGACUCAAAAUAGAUUUAUCUAAUGUCUAUGUUCCUUUACCCUGUUUACCAGAUAAACAAGAUCGUAAUCGUUGUAAUAUCAUUGAACUUAUUUACAUUGCACCGAUAAAACUACACGUUAAAUUUUUGGCAUCAGCUGAAGCAAGAACUGUCAGUCAAGAUCCAACAGAUUAUUGUAAUAUUGUAAGAUUGAUGUUUGCUUACGCAAGUAAAGGAACAUUUUUAAAACAAGCAGAGUUUAGGCUACCUCACUAUGAACGUAUUGACACAAUAAUGGAUAAUGAAGAAUGGCUAUUAGACGCGUGGAAAAAUUAUAAAUCGGAAUUGAGACAUCAGUUUAAUGUAUUGAUAUUAUCAAUGACAGUAUUGGGUAAUCCCUAUAGCUAUAAUUUUAAAUGUCCCGGAGAUAGUUUUUAUGAUACUGAUACUGUAGUCAUACAGGGCGACGAAACUGCUGAAAAACUCAGCUAUAAUGUCGCGUGCCUUUUAGGAUAUUCUUGCAUGGACGGCCUAAUUCCUCAAAUUCUCAAUAUUCAUUUUUUAGAAACGGAAGUAUCUCGUAAUAAGGGUAAAUUUUCGCGAUUUGAAAGUACAGAUACUCCAUUAUCUGCAUUGACAUUGGAUCGAUCAUAUUCGAUUGGAGUUGAACUAGAAAUGUCGGGAUUGAUAGUAAAGCCAACUGAUAAUACUCAUCAAGAAGAAUUAAAAUAUUCUUUAAAAGCACUCAGUAAAGGAAUUAUUGGAAUUGCUAAAUUAGAAGAUGGUAAAUCUUCAUUGAGAAUUGAACCAGGUUUAAUAUUGGAUACGAUUAAAAGAGCUCAAGAAAUGGGAUAUAAUUUUGUAUCGCGAAUACGUUUUCCUCGUUACAUUAAUCCAUAUUCGGCAGUAGAAUUAUAUUCGACUUAUAAAGCUCGAGGAAUGUACCUUUUAAAUACAAUAAUAAAGAGCGAAUAUGCAAAUGCUGAAAUUUAUUGGGCCCAUGCUGCGCUUUCUAAUGACGGAAAACACAUUGCUCUUGUAUCUUUACAGAAAAUUUAUCUUGUGGAAAAGCGAUGUAGCAUAUGGGCAUCCUGGCAUGUUGCAUGGUCAGUUGAAACAAAAGAAUUGAUUGAACCACCUGUCGUUGAUGGUAAUAAACUUGUUCUUCAUGUGAAUAAAGUAUCACAGAAUAAAAUUCUAUCACAGUCAACUGCAGACUGGUAUUUGGAAAGUAAAGAUACCAUGACACUGAAUUGGCUAAGUCAAAAAAUAAAUACUGCCAUGAUAUUAAAUAUGAUAAAUUCAAGAUACAGAUCGGCAUGAUAAAUAAAAUAAUUUGUUGUCAUCAUAAAAAAUAUUUUUAAAUGUUGUGUAUAUGUGAAAUAUUUAUUCUAUACUAUUUAAUAUAAAAUUCUGUAAAUCGUGUUGUAUAAAACACAAAAAAAAAAAUUGACAGAAAAUUUUAUAAACAUUAAUGAUUUAAAUGAUAAAAAAAAAUCCAGUGAUUAAUAAUAAUUUGAAUAACAAUAACUUCUGGAUAAAGUACAUCUAGUUUAUUUCAUAAUUUAUUUACAAAAAGUCUUAGUAAAUUACACUUACAGGCAUCUCCACUCGAACUAAAGUAAAUAAUUUAAGAGCUACACGUAUCAAGAUGUCUAUAUAGUAGGAUACUUUGGGGGGCUGGGGAGUAAGCCAAGGUUCAGGGAAAGUAUGUGUUGUGUUAUUAUUUACUUUUUCACUGAUCGUUAUUUAUGGGCGGUAUUACCAUAUUAUUUUGUUGUUAACUACUCGCAGUAUUUUAUUUUUUAUUAAAUAAA